AUGCGACACUCUUUUCGAGCAUUGUACACCUGCGUCUUCUUAUGCUGCUGGCUAUCUACCGUCCUCGCCAUUCCCACGACAACCCAUCAGUCUUACCCAUCCUACGAUUACGGAGUCAACCCAACAUCGCUUCUGAAGCGGCAGACAUUCAAAUACUACGCUGUCACCGGCAUCCAGACAGGAAGCGGACCGAAUGAUUCUACACCUUUACGACUCGAGAUUCGAGAUCUAGAGAAGGAUCCCAUAACUUGGACGCUUUACAUACUUGGAUUGGAUAUGUUGCAAUAUACACCUCAAACUGAAAUGCUUUCCUGGUACCAAAUAGCUGCAAUUCAUGGCCGGCCAUUCGUCAGCUUCGACAAUGUCCCUCCUAAAGCUGGCAACGAGAACAAUGGGUACUGCUCACAUGUCUCGAUCCUGUUCCCGACAUGGCAUCGACCAUACUUGGUACUUUAUGAGCAAGUACUCUAUGGGAUGAUUCAGCAGAUUGCUCAGCAAUACCCAUCCGGCACUAUUCGCGACCAGUACAUCACUGCAGCUGCCAACUUUCGAAUUCCUUACUGGGACUGGGCUAUGAUACCACCCUCAGGAGAGAGUGUUCUCCCAGCUAGCGUCGGACAAUCACCUUCAGUUGUGGUUGAUGGACCGGCCGGCAGCCAAACUAUCGCCAAUCCCCUCUGGAGCUAUCAGUUCAAGCCACUUGACUCAAAUGCACUGCCGGAUCCACCAUUCAACCAGUACACCGAGACCAUGAGAUACCCAACAACACAAGAUGCUUCUGCAACGUCCCAAAACAACCUGGUCGCUCAGCAACUUGACAAUAAUGCCGCGUCGUUUCGGAGUCGCCUCUAUGUUCUGCUCACCAAUUACCAUGAUUACACAACAUUUUCUAAUGAGGCUUGGAUUAAGGACACUGAUCCCAGCAGUUAUGAUUCCAUUGAGAGCAUUCAUGAUCAGAUCCAUGGGCUGGUUGGAAGUGGUGGGCAUAUGAUGUACAUUGAUUAUUCCGCCUUUGAUCCAACCUUCUGGCUACACCAUGCAAUGAUCGAUCGAUGCUUUGCAAUGUGGCAGAUAUUGAACCCAAACAGCUUUGUCGUCCCUGAACCCGCAAUGUACAAUACAUUUACGGAGUCCGCAGGCCAGACCCAAGACGUCAAUUCUCCUCUCGACCCUUUCCAUAAAGAUGUCGCUGGUGGUCUCUGGAGUUCAGAUGGAGUUCGCAGUACUGAAGCUUUCGGAUACGCAUAUCCAGAAACGGUAGCAAUCACUGGCGUCGAUGUCAACAAGCAAGUUAUCGUCGCCCUCAACACACUAUACGGUCCAGCUGCCAGUGGGUCGAGCAAGCUGAAACCCCGCAGUCGUCUGAGAGCAAGAGACGGAGACAUGGACUUGGGUAAUGAACAUACUGAGUGGAUUGCCAACAUCCGAGUCCAGAAAUAUGCCUUGAAUGCGCCAUUCUUCGUUCAUAUUUUCAUUGGACCAUUCAAUCCGGACCCAACCUCAUGGUCUUUCGAGCCAAAUCUUGCUGGUACCCAGUCAAUAUUUGUCAAGGCAGCUUCAUCGACACCAGCAUCAUGCAACUGCAGCCUUGAUCAAAUGAUUGCAGCAGCGAUUCCACUUACUCACUCUUUGAACAAGAACAUCGCCGAUCGAAGUUUGAACAGCUUGAACGUCGAGGAUGUUACACCCUUUCUAGCUCAACACUUAAGCUACCGUGUCAUAUUGUUCAACGGCACUGCUGUGAAGAAUGAGGAUGUUCCAAGCUUGAAGAUCUCGAUUGUUAGUGUGGAGGUGCAGGACCCAGAGAAUAACUCACAACUGCCUGUGUGGAAAAAUGCACAAGGCCACUUAGAUGUAAGUAUGGGAUCAGGAUGCCAAGCAUCAGUUUCUUCGCACGAAUAG